CUAUUAGAUGCGUUCAACAAAAUGAAUUCAUCCAAAUUAGAAUUAACUGCCUUAAUAAACAUAGUGCUUUGUAAAACAGAAACAAGUGCCUGCUAUUUGCAAGAAUGUUCAGCUUGUAGUACCAUUUUACCAUCAACUUUUUUAUUUGAACAAUUUAAAGCUAAUAGUAUAAACGAAGAUAGUGAUAUAACAUGGAUCACGUGGGAAAGAAAUGAAAAAAGGACCGAACUGCAACGUCAUACAACCUCAAUAGCAGCAUUUUUAGAAAAGUUAGAUGCUCUCUGGAGCAAAUUUUUAGUUCAUCAUUUUUACACAAUUGAACAACGUGAAUAUAUUAAGAAAAUUAAAAAUGAAUCUUCUGAAAAGGGUACUGCAAUAAUUCAAUUAGAUUUUGCACAAAACUUCACUCUAGUAUCUCAAUCAUCAGUUCAAUCUUCCUAUUGGAGUCAAAAGCAAGCAACUCUCUUCACGGUACAUAUUAGAAUGGGGUCAGGACAUCGCAACCUCGUUUUUAUUAGCGACUAUAUGCAUCACACAACUGAAUUAGUAUAUGAAGCUCAAAAGCAUAUAAUAGAAUUUUUAAAAAAAUGGUAUCCUAAUAUAAAACACGUAAAUUAUGUCAGUGAUGGAGCUAGUGCUCACUUCAAAAACUCAAAGAAUAUGCUCAAUUUAACCUACCACGAAAGUGACUUUGGUCUUAAAGCAUCUUGGACAUUUUCAUCAACAUCACAUGGAAAAGGGCCCGUUGAUGGCAUUGGGGCAGCAGUGAAAUCACGGGCUACACGUUAUCUAUUAAGCGGUACAACACACAAUGCAUUUCUUUCACCAGAAGAAUUUUUUGAAUACACCAAAACAGCAAAUGAUCACUUCGUAAUGAAAGGCGAUCUUGAACCUAAUCGACCAAUCGAAACAUUUUAUAUAAAAGCUACAGAUAUUCAAAAUGCUUUGAAACGAACAUUAGAGCGACGUUGGCUAGAGAUAGACAAGAAGUCUUGGAUAGAAGGAAUCCAAAAUAAACAUCAAUUUGAUCCUGUAGGUAUUGGUAAAAUUAUAUGUCGUCAAACGUCCAGUUCUCAAACUUACAAAAUUUUUGAUUUAUAUCGUCAGCAUUCACCCAACUAA